AUGUUAACUGCGAAUCUAAUAUUAAUGGGGCGCGCAUCAAAUCAUUUUCGUUAUCUUUAUGGUAUUGACCCUUCCAACCACACUAAGAAAAGAUCGCCCAACAUGGUACGAAAGGGCAGAGGCGAGUUUCCCAUCAAGAAGCAAAACAGGCCAUCACCAGUUGCAAACGUUGGCAAGAUAGGUUCACUUAUGAGAUACUCAGACAGAGAUUAUGCGAAUUCCCUACUACACGACGCGGUCAAACAACUAGCUCCCCUUAUUCAUGAGUACAACUUCAAAAUAGGUCUACUAUGUGAGAUGUUUCCCAAAAGUGAGAACCUACUCGGUCUCAAUGUCAACAAAGGUCAAAAGAUUAUGCUAAGACUACGCUACCACCACAAUGAUAAACUGUUUUUGCCAAUGAGCGAUAUUCUUGGAACCUUCUUGCAUGAGCUAACACAUAAUGUUCACGGGAAGCACGAUAAGAACUUUUACGAUUACCUAUCAAAAUUGGAGAAGAGAUUUGAUGAUCUAAGGUAUGGGAACGUGCAUUCAAAUUAUAGGUGUGAGGAAAAUAGACUCGGUUUUGGAAGUUUACAGCCAGGUGUGGUUGAUGUAAGGGCUAAGAGAAUAGCCACAAUGACCAAGACUGGUUUCAAAGCGGAGACAAAGGUGUUAGGUCUGGCUUCAAAGAUUAAUAAAUCAAACAAUCCUCGUGAGGCAAUGUUGAGAGCAGCCCUUCGACGUUUAGAGGACUCGAGACGCUGUCACUCAGAUCGUGACCAACAAAACGAGGUUCCAGAUGAAAAGGAUUUAAACAUUACGGAGCUUGAUGGCCAUUUUGAUUCAGAAAGUGACUCUGAUGUGGAAGUUGUCGAGAUUGUAAAGACUGGUGGUAAAGGAGGCAAGGACCGUAGUGGUUCAAAAGAGAUUAUUGUCAUUGACUAG